GAUAAAAACACCAAUGAAGAAAGACUUAAAAAAAUAAUUUCAAAACAAUUAGGAAUAAAAAAAGAAAAAAUAGAUGGAACAACAUUAAUAAUGGAUCAAUCUUUAACACGUCCUUGGGGAAAGUUAAUGGAUUUAUUUAAUGCGUUACACAGAGAAUUUGAUGUGGACUUUCCAGUGGAUGAUAUUUCUAAACUAACAACUGUUCAAAAAGUACUAAACUAUAUAAAUUAUCAUCAAGAAAAUACAUAA